GGGCGCACGCGCCCGUCCGCGCAUCACCCCGUGCCGUUCCCGUUCCCCGCUCGCCCCCUCACCCACGCCGAGCCAAGCGCGUUCCCUUCCUUUCUGCCUCUGGGAGCGCCGAGCGCCUCCCAUCCUCUUUUCCCUUCCCUUUCUCUCCUCGCCCCCCUUUUCCAACCUAAACCCCCUCUCCUCCUCGCCGGCAUGGCCGCCCCUUCCCAGCGCCAGUCACCAACCCGCCCCCCUCUUCCCCUCCUCCCGUCGGAUAAGUAGCCGUAGCGUCGAAGCGGCGCCUCAGGUGAGGUCUCACCAACAGCACCUACCGCAGGCUGCUUCCUCUCCGCGCAGGAUUUCCCGUCGCGAUUCCCGGGUGGGAAAAACUCGCGGUCCCGGCUCCCUCGAGGGUUCGGCAUUGGAGGAACGACGCGCGUGCGGGGUGACUGAGGCGCGCGCGGAUGGGGGCGGCGGCGGACAACCAGCAGCAACCGGAGGAGGCGGAGGAGGGUCGCCGGAUGGCGGCGCUGCUGGCGGCGCGCCAGGCGCUGCGGUCCGGGGUGGAGCGGUCGCGUGCGCUGGGCCGCGCGCUGGCGCGGGAGUCGUCCCCGCGGCUGGAGGAGAUCCAGUCCCGGCUCCCCGCGAUGGAGGCGUCGGUGCGGCCGAUCCGCGCGCCGGCGGAGGCCCUCGCGUCCGCGGGGGGGAACAUCGACCGCGCGCUCGGCCCCGCCGCCGCGGUCCUCAAGGUGUUCGACGCCGUGCACGGGCUGGAGCCCACGCUCCUGGCGCGGGACUCCCUGGCCGACGACGUCCCGGGGUACCUCGCCGUGCUCGCGCAGCUCGAGGGCGCGCUCAGGCUGCUCGCCGACAACUGCGGCCUCGCCGCGCAGUGGCUGGCCGACAUCGUCGCGUACCUCGGGGACCGCAGCCUCGCCGACCCGCGCUUCCUCUCCGGCCUCGCGGGGCAGCUGGACAACCUCAAGGGCCGCGCCGCCGCUGACCUCGACGCGGGCCUCCUGGCGGCCGCCCUCGGCAUGCUCGAGGCCGAGUUCCGUCGGCUCCUCGCGGAGCACUCCGCGCCGCUUGCUAUGAGGGAGCGGGGCGACAGCUCCACCCCGGCGUCCAUCGUGCCUUCUCGGAUCCCUCCCUCCGUCGUGCACAAGCUCAGCCUAAUCCUUGACCGGCUCGCCGCGAACGGGCGGCUUGACCGCUGCUCCGCCGCGUACGCCGACGCGCGAGGGGAUACCGUGGGAGCCAGCCUCCGCGCGCUGGGGCUCGAUUACUUGAAGGAGACAUCGGAGGACGCGCAGGUGCUCAGCCCGAGCGUCGAGCGCUGGGGUCGGCAUCUGGAGUUUGCGGUGCACCACCUCCUGGAAGCUGAGAGGAAGCUCUGCGUGGCGGUGUUUGAGCGGCGGCCAGAGGCCAUGCCGUCGUGCUUUGCUGAGGUCGCGGCUCGUGCUGGCAUUCUCGAUUUCCUCAAGUUUGGCCGCGCCCUGGCUGAUACCAGGAAAGACCCCAUCAAGCUGUUGCGGUUGCUUGACGUGUUUGAUGCUCUGAAUAAGCUGAGGCUGGACUUCAACCGUUUGUUCGGUGGAAAGGCUUGUGCGGAGAUCCAGACCCGGACUAGGGAGCUUGUCAAGAUGGUGGUGGAUGGUGCUGUUGAGAUUUUUGAGGAAUUGCUCGUGCAGGUUGAGCUGCAGCGCAAUAUGCCUCCACCAGUUGAUGGUGGAGUGCCGCGCCUGGUGAGCUUUGUUGCCAAGUACUGCAACCAGCUCCUUGGGGAGCCGUAUCGGUCUGUGCUGACACAGGUGGUCACCAUCCACCGCAGCUGGCGCAAAGAGGUGUUCAAUGAUAAGAUGCUGGUAGACGCGGUGCUUAAUAUCGUUAAGACGCUUGAGAUCAACUUCGAGACAUGGUCAAAGGCUUAUGGAGAUACGACGCUGUCGUGCCUCUUCAUGAUGAACAUACACUGGCACUUCUUCAAGCACCUGAAGGGUACUAAGCUGGGUGAGCUCUUAGGCGAUGCAUGGCUCAGGGAGCAUGAGCAGUACAAGGAUUACUACUCGGCAGUAUUUCUGAGGGAGAGCUGGGGAACACUUGCGCCCCUGCUGAGCAGGGAGGGGCUGAUCAUGUUCUCCAAGGGCCAGGCUACCGCUAGAGAUUUAGUGAAGCAGAGGCUCAAAUCGUUCAAUGCUAAGUUUGAUGAGAUGUUUCAAAAGCAGUCUACAUGGGUGAUAUCAGAUAGGGAUUUGCAGCAGAAGACAUGCCACCUUGUGGUGCAGGCUAUAGUGCCUAUUUACCGGAGCUUCAUGCAGAACUAUGGGCCGCUCGUUGAGCAGGACAUCAGUGCGAGCAAGUAUGUUAAGUACAGUGCCGAAGAUCUGGAUAAGAUGCUCAACACACUCUUCCUGCCCAAGCCAGGCAGGCCAAGGAGAACCGGAAGUUUCCAGAUCAGACAUUCAGGUGACAAGAUUACCAGCGCAAUGACAGGAUUGUAUCGGAGUGCUUCCACUCUGAAGUAGCUUCUGUGGGAGUUUGGAAAGAUUGGAUGCACAAUUUGUGCAAUAGGUCAAUAACUUGGUAGGCAAGGAUGAUUUGCUUUGGGCCAGUCGGUCGAGAUCCCCACUUGUUUGGGGGGGGGGGGG